AUGGCUCUAUCAUUGCCAACACGGCAAAGACGAGCAUUACCGUCAGAUCAGCCAUCGUCGUCCUCCACACCAUCAAAACCAUACAAAAAGGAAGACAAACCAAAGAGAUCAGAGGAAGAACAACAAGGGCAAAAUGGAAUAGGAUGGUUCUUACCUUUAUUCUCUUUAGGAAUGUUACGCUACUUGAGCGCUACAUCAAAUAUCAUACAUGAUUGUGAUGAGGUUUUCAAUUAUUGGGAGCCUCUUCAUUUUUUGCUCUAUAAUUCUGGUUUCCAAACCUGGGAAUACAGUUCUCAGUAUGCGCUUAGGUCAUAUUUGUACAUUAAUUUCCAUGAAAUAUUCGGAUUACCUGCUUCCUGGCUGUUUCCUGAUGAUAAAGUGAGAGUAUUCUAUGCAGUAAGAAUUUUUGUAGGUGUAUUGUCAGUUAUUGCUGAUGCCACACUAGUAGUUGCGCUUUCUAGGAAGUAUGGUAAACGACUUGCUUCUUAUGCGCUCGCCAUGUUAUGUUUAACCAGCGGUUGUUUCUUUGCUAGCACGAGUUUUUUGCCGAGUUCAUUUUCUAUGUAUGCCAUGAGUCUUUCGUCAGGAUUAUUUUUACUUGGGAAACCUGCUUUUGCUGUUGCUGUUGCAGCAGUUGGAGUAAUUCUUGGUUGGCCGUUCUCGAUUUUGGCUUUCUUGCCAAUCACAUUCUACUCUUUGGCUAGAAGAUUCAAACCAACGUUUUUGGCCGGGGCGCUCACUUCUGUUGCUCUUCUUGUGCUCUCCGUGCUUGUUGACUACUGCUACUACAAACGAUGGACAUCAUCUGUUUUUAAUCUCUUAUUAUAUAAUGUCUUAGGAGGUGGUGAGAGCCACUUGUAUGGGGUUGAAGGGCCAUUAUUUUAUCUGAGGAAUGGAUUUAACAAUUUCAACUUUUGUUUCAUCCUGGCUUUACUCUUCCUGGCAUUUCUGCCCAUUGCAAGGAGAAAAUAUGCUCCAGACCUGCUAAUUGUGGUCUCACCUCUUUAUAUAUGGCUGGGAUUCAUGUCUUUGCAACCACACAAAGAAGAAAGGUUCCUGUAUCCAAUAUACCCUCUUGUCUGUGUUGCUGCUUCAGCUGUCAUUGAGAGCUUUCCUGAUCUUUUCCGAGACAAGUAUAAUCCCCAUGACAAUUCUUGGCCAGUUUUGAUAGCUAAAUUUGUUAGGCCUGUGGUUCUUGGCUUAAUAUUAUCUGCAUCCCAUGCUCGUACGUUUUCGUUGAUAAAUGGUUAUGGUGCUCCUUUGGAGACUUACAAAAUUUUGGAGCACUAUGAUGAUGAUGUAGGAACAGGUUCUACUCUUUGUGUCGGAAGUGAAUGGCAUCGCUUUCCUUCGUCUUUUUUUGUCCCCGAAUACAUCAGUGAAGUUCGGUGGAUUGAUGAUGGAUUCCGAGGUCUUCUUCCGUUACCAUUCAAUUCUACCCUGGGUGGGACUGCAGCAGCACCUCCUUACUUUAACAACAAGAACAAGGCAUCAGAUGAGCAAUAUCUCCGAGACCUUGAAGCUUGUACUUUCUUAGUUGAGCUGCAGCUUGAUCGACCUUACCCUACUCGAGGAAGUGACUUGUCAACUUGGGAGAGGGCUUAG